UUAUUAAAAAUUUGAAAAAUAAGUAUUUUAGUUUUUUUUGUAAGCUAUUGUCCACUUAGCCAGUUAAUGAGUUAACCACACUUAAACCUUUUGUUUCUUUUACGUUUUAGUAGAAACUUCUUAAAAUAUAUUACAAUUUAUGUCAUUUAAUUACUGUAAAUGUGGUUUGGCAAAUAGGUAGAACCAAAGUCCAUCAAAAUGUUUGGAUAUAAAUUCCAUUUUGUGCGCAGGUUCUUCAGAAGAUUCAUGAAACCAAUGAGUAUUGAAGAAGCUGAGGCUAAAAGAGCAUUACUCUCAAAGGCAUAUUUCUUUAUAAGUUUGGUGACAUUUGGUUCUGUCUUGUACCAAGUGAAGCAAGGGCGCCUUGAUUGGGUGGAAUCCGAAGGAUUAAUUCCAGAAGAUGAAGCCAAGCUCUCACCUGCUUUUCAAUAUGCUAGGAUGCUAGGAGUCGAAAAAGCUACCGUUGUCAGAAUUAGAGGUACAAAUAUUUUGGGUACUAAAGAAUACGAUAAGGAAUCAUUUGAUCCAACCCAACACGUACUUGAAGAAGAAAAUUCUCCCAAAGAUCCUGAAAGAAAAUUUUUAAAACUAUAAUUUGAAUUACAUA